AUGGAAACACCAAUAAGAACGGUGAUGAUCCCUUUGAGGAGGAGGGUGAAAAGGCAAAACCACCAUUGUCAGAGCACAGCCAGGGCGGUGGUGCCGGCACUGUCAUUUCAAGCUUAUGCUCAUCCUGAUAGUUUUCAUGAAGUGCUUAACGUUCCUGGGGCUUUCGGUCCGGAUUAUGAGGAAAUGGAGAGGACCUUCAAGAUCUUUGUGUACCCACAUAAUAUUACUGUAUGUGAUGACAAGUAUGCGAAUGAAGGGUUAUUCUAUCUGAAUCUCGAUCAGACUUGGUUCUGGACCAAAGAUCCUGAAACGGCUCACCUCUUUCUCAUUCCCUUAUCUUGUUAUUCGUCGCCUCCUGGGGGAAGAUCUGAGGAUGAAAGGGCUAGUGCUGUCGAGGAUUUCGUCAUCAGCCUUAUUUCCAAGUACCCUUAUUGGAAUAGAACUUUAGGUGCCGACCACUUCUUGGUAACCUGCGCAGACAUUCAUGUGACUGCUGCUGCAAGAAUUGCUAAUCUUUUGAAGAACUCAAUUAGAGUCAUGUGUUCUCCAAGUUAUGAUGCUGAAUAUGUUCCUCAUAAGGAUGUUUCCCUCCCACAAUAUGUGUCGACACUUGCUCUUCCUGCUGCUGGAAAUAUUAUAAAAGACAGGUAA